ACAUUCCUGUCAGGGAGGCGGCCUCUCUCGGUACCUCCUCUUAAAACAGGAAGAGAACCUGACCGAAACCAGCAAUGCUAACAUGAGAACUGGACCCAGCAGAGACCGGAUUUACUAACAAAGAGGGGACCACUUCACAAAGAGGACUCUGAAGGACCGUUUGGAUUUAAUCACCCUUAAAGGAACGACCUGUCCGAGUUAGCUCCGUGUUAGCUUGUUUGCUAACUUUAAAGGUUGAUCCGGAUUCAGGUUCGAACAGCUGGUUCAGGUUUCACAAGGGGGGCUAGCAGGUCUUACAAGUGAGAUCUACCUGUUCACCAUGGGGUCCAGAGCGUCCACGUUACUGCGGGAGGAAGAGAUAGAAGAGAUCAAGAAGGAGACUGGAUUCUCCCACAGUCAGAUCACCCGCCUGUACAGCCGCUUCACCAGCCUGGAUAAAGGUGAAAACGGAACCCUCAGUCGAGAAGACUUCCAGAGGAUCCCUGAGUUGGCCAUCAACCCUCUGGGAGACAGAAUAAUCAAUGCCUUCUUCCCUGAGGGAGAGGACCAGGUGAACUUCAGAGGCUUCAUGCGGACCCUGGCUCACUUCAGACCCAUCGAGGACAACGAGAAGAGCAAGAACGCCGCUGUGAGCGAGCCGCUGAACAGCAGGACAAACAAGCUGCUGUUCGCUUUCCGUCUGUACGACCUGGACAGAGAUGACAAAAUCUCCCGCGAUGAGCUGCUGCAGGUCUUGAGGAUGAUGGUCGGGGUAAACAUUUCAGACGAGCAGCUCGGCAGCAUCGCUGAUCGGACCAUCCAGGAGGCCGACACCAACGGAGACAACUCCAUCUCCUUUAAUGAGUUCAUCAAGGUCUUGGAGAAAGUGGACGUGGAACAGAAAAUGAGCAUCCGGUUCCUGCACUAAAAGCUCUUUUUUUUUUAAAAUCAUCAUCAUUAUUAUUUUUUAUUUUGCUUCAACAUGUUGUUGACUUCAGGACACGACCUCAUCCGGCUCCUCAGCAGGCUGCUGCUGCUGCUGCUGUGGCCCACACUACGAGAACACGCUGUCAGACCAAGCAUUCGGUAGAUCCAGUCAGAGCUCUGAGUCUCUGCCUCCGUACACAAAGGGAAAAGUUGCGUGCCUUGGGUUGUUUUCUGCGAUGUCACUCUGUAUUUUUCCCAGUAGAGUUAGAAGAAGAGUAUUUAUUUAGAGGGCUUUAGAGGGUCACAUUUUAACGGUUCCACUUUUCAUGAAACGUGAUCUCAGAGCACGGUACGAUAACGCUUUUUGCCAUUGCAGUGAGUAAGCUGAUUCUCUGUUGACUGUACUGUGGAUCUUUAGCUCAUGCUGUGUCUGUGUGGACGCACCGGUUCACAGUGGAACCUGUUGGAUGUUUGGUUCACUUUAAAACAGACGGACAGGACGGUGCGUCAGCAGGAUGUGCUCCUCAUGUUUCUGUGUUUUCUCACUGAAGUGCCACAACUUCGGUUCCCCUUUUGUAAGAUAUGACCCCGAGAGUACACGGGGACCCACGGCCAUGUUUGUGUGUUUUUCCUUCCUUAUGGGUUCACCCAGCUACUGCCAAUAGAUUGUUGUUACCUGUGUCACAUGUUGGACUUCAACCAAAGCGUCGAAACCACCGAGGGCCUGUUGGAGCGGAUGUUUUAUUUAUAGAUUCAUUUUCAGCUCAUGAUAGAGGAGGAGAGACUCGUGUCUGUCUCCUCCAGUAAUCCCAGAUCAUUCAGAAAGUGGGGAUCACAGAUUUAGCUGCUAAUUCGGCUUGAUGUAGUCUUCAUGAAGCCACAGCUAACAAAGCCGGGCCCUGUGCACCAGUUACUUUACAGACUUUAGAUUAACCCAACAUAAAACUCUAUGCUUGUAUUUAAACUAUGAGUCUCCCCGUUUCUUGAUUCAUGCAACUUUUAAUGAACUAAAGAGAAUCAAGUGAAUCAGACAUGACUUCCUGUACCGGGUUGAGAACAUGACUUGGAGUGCAGACAUCUUAGCUUUUAAUCUUCAAUGUGAGUUCAUGAUGAAAACACACUCCAGCAGCUGAGUGCAGGAAACACAACGUGACCACCUAAUCAUUACGUGACGAUCAACCGGUUCUGAUUUGUUCUGUGAUGUCGGUCUGUAUUAUGAAAGUGAUUCAUGAAUUUGAUUUGAAAUAAAUACAAGUGCCAUGCUCA